UACGGUUCUGUCGUAAAGCAGCUCGCCUAGGCGAGUGUUGCUGCCGUCCUUGGGGGGUGAGCGGACAUGAGCGGGAAUGGCGGGAACAAGGCUCUGGAGCUGCUGCGGUCGCUGCCCAGGGUCAGUCUGGCCAACCUAAGGCCCAGUCCAGGUUCCAAAAAGCGGGAAAGAAGACGUGGCCGUGGAAGAUACGGAGGUAGGAAGUGUGGUCGAGGUCACAAAGGACAAAAACAAAGAGGAAAUUGCCCCCGAUUAGGCUUUGAGGGUGGUCAGACCCCAUUUUACUUGGUCAUACCAAAAUAUGGGUUUAAUGAUGGACACAGCCGCAGACGUCAGUAUCAGCCGCUCAGUCUUCAGAGGCUGCAGUACCUGAUUGACUUGGGUAGAGUUGACCCCACGCAACCAAUUGACUUAACACAGCUCACGAACGCCAGAGGUGUAACAGUGCAACCUCUCAAAAGGGAUUAUGGUGUGCAGCUGGUGGAGGAGGGUGCUGAUAUUUUCUCAGCAAAAGUAAAUAUUGAAGUGCAGAGGGCAUCUGAAUUAGCAAUUGCAGCCAUAGAAAAAAAUGGAGGUGUUGUAACAACAUCGUUCUAUGAUCCAAGGAGUUUGGAAAUUUUAUGUAAGCCGGUAGUAUUUUUCCUGCGCGGCCAGCCUAUUCCAAAGCGAAUGCUUCCACCCGAAGAUCUUGUCCGUUACUAUACAGAUGCCAGGAAUCGUGGGUACCUGGCAGAUCCAUCUAAGGUUGCAGAAGCCAGGCUUGAACUUGCCAGGAAAUAUGGCUAUGUCUUACCAGACAUAACUAAGGAUGAGCUCUUCAAAAUGUUAAGCACACGCAAGGAUCCUAGACAGAUAUUUUUUGGUCUAGCUCCAGGAUGGAUUGUAAACAUGGCAGACAAGAAAGUUCUAAAACCAACUGAUGAGAAGCUGUUAAAAUACUAUAGCUCAUGAGUUCAGGACUGGAGGACAACAGCAGGUGUACAGGAAACAUCUGGGUGCCUUUGGAAAUGCUACUUACAGUUUCCUGUAGCUGCAAAACCAUCUCAUCUCCUAGGGAAAGCCAUCCGAGUGCCAAAAUCUCCUGUUUCUCCUGUAUAACACCUGUAUUUUGCUGAUGUGCCUCAAGGAGGGGGAAGAAAAAAAUUUUAAACAUUUUCCUUUCAGAGAAUAACAAGAAGCAGGUGAAGUUUUUUCAUUGGUGUUUGUCAACCAGCCCAGAUUUUUGCUUCACUCAACCAACUACCUUGUCAGUUAAUAUAAGCAUCUGUAAUUGCAAAACAAAAUAAAAAAAAAAAAUUCUGUUCUCAUGCUGAUUGAAUAAUCUGAAAUCCAGAGAUUAACAAUGGAAAGUCACUAAUUUUUGACAAUUUACUCUUCAGCUUCUGUUGUUUGUUGUUGAUGUGUGUUAGAUGCUAUCACUAAUGGUGGUUCUCCUGAUUUGUGGUUUAAGUAUAGGUGAAACAUAGCAAAACAACACCAAUAUAAAAUUGGAUUGUGAAUAGCAGGAAUUUGGUCUUAUUGGUGUUAACAUUCAUAUUUUAUAAGGUGCAUGCUUUUUUGAAUCAUUUAUAAUGCUUUUUUGGCACAUUAGAAUAAUACUGUAUGCCAAAAAAGUAUAGCUAGUGUUAACUUGAAUGUGAAGCAAAUAACUUUCUCACUUUAGAUGUAUCCUGUUCUGCAUCCUGAUGAUUGUUGGUUUGGAACCUUAAAUGACAAGCAAUACUUCUUUUUUCUUUUUUUUUUCUUUUUGUUAUUACAAUACUACUGCCUCCAUUUGGGAAGGAGUUGGGGGGGUAAAGAGUAUUUAUUGCCUUCCCUUAUUUGUGCCAUAAUGUUUCUGUUUUUAUGAAUCAAUUCACAAUUGUAUUUUGUGGAGGUGGUGGUACUCAACAGGAAAGCUACUUAACUGGAAGCUAAGAAGGAAGUUAGUCAUAUUAGUGAAGACCAGAAGACAAAAGUGUUUAUGUAUCAUUGUGUAUUUUGGGGGAGGGAAGGCAACUUUGUUUCCACUCCUGCUCUUUGUAUUAAAAUGAACAAAUUGCUCUCAGCAAUUUUUUUUUCUAAAUCGAUUUCUUUGAUAUACACACGCAUGCACACGCUGGUUUCUUUAGGUUUCUAAAUGGUUUUCAGGUGAAAGGGUAACUCGGAUAAAAUGAUAACAGUGAAAGAAAGAAUGAAAACAGGAAACAGAUGUCUGGUGACGUUGAGGGAUUGGAUAGCACUUAUUCAGUGAACGACGUCUUAGUCACAAGGCAGCUGUAUCCUGGCUCUGAUACUAUAACGCUACAAAUACCUUGGAGCCAAAACAGCCACGUUCCACAAAAUCCGGUCAUUCUACUUUAUAAAGGUGAUCUUUUAUCAUCUUAUAAUUGGAGAGGGCAAAAAGGGUUGUAUGUUGCUUUAUUUAUAACAUGCAAUGCUCGCCUUUUUUUCCUCUCUUCUGUUUACAGUAGCUGGUAUUUUAUAAUGGUUGUUCUGAUUUUUAUUUACUAGUGAAAAAAGUGACAAGGCUAUAGAGGAUUUCCUGUUCCCUUUAUCUCGUCAGGAACAAGUCUCCUGGCAACCAAAUACAGAAUUAUCAAAAGCACAAGUAAGUUAUUGACAAGGGUUCUAAUAAAUCUGUAAUAAACAGCUUCCCAGUGGACUCUUGUUUAUAUGAGGGUCAGGCUCACUGAUGUAAGGCUCUAAGCCAGCACUGGCAUCUAAGGCCAUUCUCUUUAUUUAGGAGUAUGUGCCAUGUUUUCAUGUUCAUAAGAUGAAUGAUUGCCUUGGAUAUCCUGUUUUGAUAAUGGUUUUUCAUAUGCAACAAUGUAUUACAUGGUAAGAAGCACCCAAUCUGGUGUAACCGGAAAAGCAUUAUCAAGUAACUAAGGAAAAGAAACAUUUGUGCCAUAAAAUACUGAAAGCCGUGUCAAUUUUUGUCAACAACAUCAUACUUUGGAAUGGUUCCUUGAUAAAACUGAUUACAUAUGUGAGACUGAAAUAAAAAUAAGAGCCUCUGAAUGAGUACACAUCUUGUUGUAUCAUACCUUGAUAAUUAGAAAUCACCUAUUUCUUAUGAGAUUGACUAACAGCAGCCAGUCAAUACUAUACUUACAGGUGGCUGACUACAGACUUGGAGCAAGUUAAAAUAGAUGCAUUUUCUUUUUUACUUAUAUGUACAACAAAGACAGGCUGGCUUUUAAUUCAUUGUACUUCGUAUUACAGUAUUUGUGUUUAACAAC